AUGGCCAGCCUCGCCUCCAUGGAUUCCGUUCUCCAUGGAACUCACCUCCGACUUGACGCGUUCCACACAUCCAUGCUCUUCAAACUCGAUCUCAUUAGCCAGCAAUUGGAUACCAUGAUAUUACGCCAACGAUCCCCGUUUCCUUCAUCGGUGCCGCCACCACAACCGCCGCUGCCGCCGCCACUACUGUUUCCUUCUUCAGCCCAGCGAUCACCGCCGCCGCUGCCGCCGCAACCACUGUUUCAUUCUUCAGCGCCGUCGCCAGCUCCUCCGUCUCGUCCUCACGUGCCUCCUCCUCAGUUCACACCACACUCCGAUGUUCCUCCUCCCCUUCCUAUGCUGCCUCCGAUUCCAUACCCCGCACCCAAGCCACCUAAUCCCACACCCAAGCCAGCAUCACUUCCCAUGGCAGCUUCCCAUGGAAGCUCUGUAAUGAAGCCACACAUGCUCGAUCUUGCCGCCUCCACCUAUUUUCGUUUCCGACUACCCCGUUCCUCCUUUCUCAGUUUCUCUCUCUCUUCUCUCUGUCUCUAUUGCGAUCCUUCUUGGACUCGUCAUUCUCGUUGUCGUUCGCGUCUUCGCCCCUCAGCCUUUUGCUCUGCCUCUCACCGGCGUCGACGCCCGCCGCCACACCCACCACCAUGCUCCCCACAACCACCAAAGCCACCGUCGACAUAG